UUAGCAUUUUGAAAUUAUUUAUAAGCAUAUUAGAGUAUAUUUAAAAAAAGUUGUUAUUGGUUACUUCUAUGUUUGUUUCGUUAGAGUGGUUAUCAUAAAUGUUGAUCUCAAAGCGCCUCAAAUUCCCACAAAAAAAAUCUCCAAAAUCAGUCGUCGAGCAACGCCGAUCUCAAAGUGCCAACAGUAAUGGUGAUGUUGUCGCCGAAUGGUCAUGGUUAGCGCCACCGUCGGAUGAUUGUUCUGGUGCCACUUUCUAUUUCAUAACCUAUAUAAGCACUAGUGCCAGAUUUUCAACCCUUCGUGAACUUCCGUGGACUGUGAAGAAAUCGCACUUCGCCAAUUGCCACGACGCCACCCACUUCCCUCUCCACCGGUGACACUGUUAUCACUGCCCGCCGUUCCCUUUCCCUAUCCGUCCGACAGUCACAAGAAACAAGUAUGAGUGCAAACAAGGGCCACAACCACAUCCAAAUCUUUGAUGUCUCCAUCAAUGUGCCGCCUCAGAUUGGUUCCAAGUGUUUCAACGAUGAUGAGCGCCUACGAACCGGAACCGUAUGGACUGCAAGUGCUCACAUAAUAACUGCUGUAAUUGGUUCUGGAGUUCUGUCCUUGGCUUGGGCUACCGCACAGCUUGGAUGGAUAGCUGGUCCAACCGUGUUGCUCUUAUUCUCAUUUGUAACAUACUACACUUCUGUUUUUCUGGCAGCAUGUUACCGGUCUGGGAAUCCCGAUACCGGGGAAAGAAAUUACACGUAUAUGGAUGCCGUCCGAGCCAAUCUCGGAGGGUUCCAGGUUAAAGUUUGUGGAGCAAUUCAGUAUCUGAAUCUCUUUGGAGUAGCUAUUGGUUACACGAUUGCCUCGUCUAUAAGUAUGAUGGCUAUCGAAAGGUCUAAUUGUUUCCAUUCAAAAGGAGAUCAAAGUCCUUGCAGAGUUUCAAGCAAUCCUUAUAUGAUUGCAUUUGGUGUUGUGGAAAUUCUUUUCUCCCAAAUCCCGGACUUUGAUCAAACAUGGUGGCUUUCAAUUGUUGCUGCAAUUAUGUCCUUUACUUACUCCACCAUCGGUUUAGGCCUUGGAAUUGCAAAAGUUGCAGAAACCGGGAAAAUAAGGGGAAGUCUAACUGGAAUAAGCGUGGGCACAGUGACUGAAAUGGGCACAGUGACUGAAAUGGACAAGAUAUGGGGAAGUUUUCAAGCACUUGGAGCCAUAGCUUUUGCCUAUUCUUACUCCUUUAUCCUAAUUGAAAUUCAGGAUACAAUAAAGUCCCCACCAUCAGAAUACAAGACAAUGAAAAAGGCCACUCUAUUUAGUAUAGCAGUAACAACUCUUUUCUACAUGUUCUGUGGCUGUUUUGGCUAUGCCGCAUUUGGUGAUCUCUCCCCUGGAAAUCUCCUCACUGGUUUCGGCUUCUACAAUCCCUACUGGCUACUCGAUAUGGCCAACGCUGCCAUAGUAAUCCACCUUAUCGGCGCGUACCAGGUUUACUGCCAACCACUUUUUGCCUUUGUCGAAAAAACAUCAAAAGAAUGGUUCCCACACAACACAUUCAUCACCAAGGAAAUUGAUAUCCCUAUCCCGGGAUACAGUCCUUAUAAACUCAACCUUUUUCGACUAGUAUGGAGGACAAUUUUCGUGAUCGUAACCACACUAAUUUCCAUGCUGAUGCCAUUUUUCAACGACGUUGUGGGAAUUCUAGGCGCCUUUGGGUUUUGGCCUUUAACAGUAUACUUCCCUGUGGAAAUGUACAUUGUGCAGAAGAAGAUAGAGAAAUGGAGCACAAAAUGGAUAUGCCUACAAAUACUAAGUGUUACUUGUCUUAUUAUCUCCAUAGCAGCUGCUGUCGGUUCCUUCGCCGGCGUUGCUUCUGAUCUCAAAGUUUACAAGCCUUUCAAAACUAGUUAA